UAGAUGAGUAAUGCCUGUUGCUUAAAGAUUGAUGGUAUGAGACAAGACUCCCAUUACUACUUAAUCAGGAGGAAUUGAGAUUGACCUACCCAUAAGUUCAGACAAUGUCUUGAAGAGACUUUGGGAACAAGAUAUUCAGAUCAUCUUUCUCAAGACUUUUUCUGUCUUCAUGAGGCAAAAUUUGAAGAGGAAAGGAUGGUGGCUGGGUGGUUGACAAAUUACUCUCAGGACUCAGUGACCUUUGAGGAUGUGGCUGUGGACUUCACCCAGGAGGAGUGGACUUUGCUGGAUCAAACUCAGAGAAACUUAUACAGAGAUGUGAUGCUGGAGAACUACAAGAAUCUAGUUGCAGUAGAUUGGGAGAGUCAUAUUAAUACCAAGUGGUCAGCAUCUCAGCAGAAUUUUUUGCAGGGGAAAACAUCCAGUGUGGUGGAAAUGGAGAGAAACCAUUUUGGAGAGGAACUGUUUGACUUUAACCAAUGUGAAAAAGCCUUGUGUGAACACUCAUGCCUUAAGACUCACAGGAGAACCUACUUUAGAAAGAAAACCUGUGAGCGUAAUCAGUGUGAAAAAGCCUUCACAAAACCCUCUACUUUACACAAGAAAACUGAUACUGGAGAGGAACUUCCUAACUGUAAUCAAUGUGAAACAGCCUUCAGCCAACAUCUACGUCUUGUUUGCAAGAAAACUAGCCAAAAUCUACAUCUUGUUUGCAAGAAAACUCACACUCAAGAGAAACCAUACAAAUGCAGUGACUGUGAAAAAGGCUUACCUUCCUCCUCACACCUCAGAGAAUGUAUAAGAAUUUAUAGUGGAGAGAGACCAUAUACUCAUAAGGAGUAUGUCAAAACCUUUUCUGAUUCUACAGGCCUUUUUGUCCACAUGCAAACUCAAGAUGCAGAAAAGUUCUAUGAAUGUAAAGCAUGUGGGAAAGCCUUCACUCAGUCUUCAUAUCUUAUUCAACAUUUAAGAACUCAUAGUAGAGUGUUACCUAUAGAACAUAAGAAAUUUGACAAAGCCUUUGCUUAUUCCCCAGAACUUGCUAAACAUAUGAGACUUAGAACUAGAGGGAAACACUAUGUUUGUAAUGAAUGUGGCAAAGAGUUUACUUGUUUCUCAAAACUCAACAUUCACAUAAGGGUUCACACUGGAGAAAAACCAUAUGAGUGCAACAAAUGUGGGAAGGCCUUCACUGAUUCUUCAGGUCUUAUAAAACACAGGCGAACUCACACUGGAGAAAAGCCUUAUGAAUGUAAGGAAUGUGGGAAAGCUUUCGCUAACUCUUCACAUCUUACUGUACAUAUGAGAACUCACACUGGUGAGAAGCCUUAUCAAUGUAAGGAAUGUGGAAAAGCCUUUAUUAAUUCCUCUUGCUUUAAAAGUCACAUGCAGACUCAUCCUGGUGUAAAACCCUAUGACUGUCAACAUUGUGGGAAAGCCUUUAUUCGAUCCUCAUUUCUUAUUCGACAUUUAAGAAGUCACAGUGCGGAAAGGCCUUUUGAAUGUGAAGAAUGUGGGAAAGCCUUUAGAUACUCCUCGCACCUUAGUCAACAUAAAAGAACACACACAGGGGAGAAGCCAUAUAAAUGUCAAAAGUGUGGGCGAGCCUUCGCUAUCUCAUCAGGCCUUACAGUACACAUGAGAACUCACACUGGCGAACGGCCCUUUGAAUGUCAGGAAUGUGGGAAAGCCUUUACUCGGUCCACGUAUCUUAUUCGACAUAUAAGAAGUCACAGUGUGAAGAAAUCAUAUAAGGAAUGUGGGCAGACCUUUAGUAAUUCCUCAUGCCUUACUGAAUGUGUGUGAAUUGGGGUUGAUAUUUGUAAAGAAUGUGGUAAAGCCACUACUUCCUCACACUUAUUGAACAUGUACUCAUAGUGGCAAUGUACACAGUCAUAAGGAAUGUGCGAAGCCUUCCUUGGUGUCUCAUCUCAACAAUUCCAAUAGAAGAGAAGACAUGAAUGUAAGGAAUGUGGGAAAGUCUUGACUCCUUCCAUCAGCCAUACUUACUAUUCAUGUGUCUGUGCAUCCUAGGAAACAAACUGAAUGUAGAAAACUAUCAGUCGAUGCUUACAUCUUACUGAGUCUGUUUGAACUCAUGCUGGAGAGAAAUGCUGUGAAGGUGGAAAAGCUUUCAUUAUUUUCCUCAGGCCUUACUGAGCUUAUGAGCACACUGGAUGUAAAUGCACAUCCUCUGGAUGUAAGGAAUGUGUUGAAACCUUUUGUUCUGCCUUAUACCUUAAUAUUCAACUGUGAUCUCACAAGUGUUAAAAUCUUGAAUGUAAGAUGUGUGGAGAUUCUUCUUUGUUUUUAGCUUCCACUUUGGGAACGUGUCAAAGCACACAUUGGGAAGUCCCGUGAGUGAAAGAGAUGUUGGAAAGCCCUUGAACUUGGUCAUUAGGAAACAUCCACACUGAAGAGGAACUCGACUAUGGAAGGUCAAAAAGGCUGUAUUAAUUUAGAUGCACAAAGUCACACUAGAGGAAUGCCGUAUCAGAAUGCUUUUGGUAAAUAUACAUGUUUUAAAGAGGUAUAUAUUAUUAAUAAAAAUAUCUAGCUGGUCUGAA